AUUCAAAAUAUUUAUCUCCUAAGAUAAAAAUGGUUUGUAUUGACAGUGUUUGUGUUCACAGUAGAAAUGAACAAUAUACAAAAAAUCGAAGCAGUUCAGGCAGUUAUUGCAAUUUUAUUGCCUAACUAUGGAACAUUUCUAUUUUAUUUUCAAUUCCAUAUGAACAAUGAUGAGAUCUACAAUGACCUCACUGUACCUUCGUGGACCCCAUCUUAUAGGACUUUCAAACUCAUAUGGACUUGUUUCUACUGCAUUAUAGGCUUAGCAUCGUUUCUUGUGUUCAAGGAGAUAAGCUUGGUUGGCAAUCAAGCUGUAUCCAAAGCUUCAAAGGUUAUUUUAAUAAUAUUUUACUCCAUACACGUACCUGCAUGCUGGGCAUGGUUACCACUUCUUGGAGGUCUGAAGAAUAUAGGAGGGGCAGUAACUGUCCUCCUACUAGCAGGCUCUACCGCCACUACGAUUACACCCCUAGUGUGGUAUGUCAACAAAAUAGCAGCAGUUCUAUUCCUUCCUCAUAUAGCAUGGAUAAUAUUUUUAAUAACAUGGACUUUGCAAGUGUCCUGAAUAAAUCUGUAGUACUGGUGGAUAACUAUAUUAAAUG